AUGACUAUUCAUCGUAUCUCCAAAUAUGGAAAGCUCCUCAUUUUGGUUCAAAGAACCCAUACUCCAGCCCUUGGAACCAUCCCAAAUCUCCUUUUUACUGGUCAAUUCUAUGAUGAAAACCCGGAUCUCAUGGAAGGGGACUCCUACCCACUUCCUCCUCAUCCUCCAAAGUUCAACAAUCGCGAUGGUCAAAUCAUGAUGGAAAACAUUGAAAUUGCUGGUGACCCUGGGUUCCUCCGAGCCGACGACGGCUCUCGCUCCAUCAAAGAAGAACUUGUCCGACGUGCUGCCCACACUGGUGCUGUGUUCCGUUGCAACAACCAGAAAUUUUGGGUUAUGCUCCAUGCCGUCACACAUGAAACUGAUGCCUACAAUCACGUUCGUCAAUUUGCUCCAACUUUGAAUGGCCAAGCUGCUUACUUCGCUCUGUUUGCACAAUAUUGUGGAAGGGGACAUUUCACCAAUGAAUGCCAAGCUGCUGUCUGUGUCAUUGCAACACUUCACUGGAACGGAGAUGCCGUUCUCCGAUCCAAUUUCCAAGGUGCCAUCGAUUAUUUAACAACACAAGUCUUAGCUGCAGGUAACGACAACACCCAGCGCCGCAAUCGACAACUUGCUGCUUUCACACGUGGUGGUGGCGGACGCGGUGGUGAUGGGAGAAAUGGAGGUCGUGGCCGAGGAAAUGGUGCCACAAACCGCCUGCAAUCAAAUGUUCCAGAUCGUUUAGCCGCAAUGGUAUACUACUAA